AUGGCGGCCCCGGGCGGCGCCAACCCGCGCAAGUUCAGCGAGAAGAUCGCGCUGCACACGCAGCGCCAGGCCGAGGAGACCCGCGCCUUCGAGCAGCUCAUGACCGACCUCACCGUGUCCCGGGUCCAGUUCCAGAAGCUCCAGCAGCUGCGCCUCACCCAGACGCGGAACCAGUACCACGGGGGGUCUCUGCCCAACGUCAACCAGCUGGGCGGCGGCGGCGGUGGCAGCACGGCCGACUUUCAGCCGUCCUUCCCCCCCGCCGACAACGUCCGUGGCACCCGGCACCACGGCUUGGUGGAGAGAGCGUCCCGCAGCCGUUUCCACCCCCUGCACCGCCGGCCCGGGGAGAAGCCGGGGCGGCAGUUUGAUGGAAUCACCUAUGGAGCCGGCUACCCCUCCUCCCAGCCGCUGGACGAGGGCUGGACGAGGCAGCCACCGCCGUGGAAGGAAGACAAGCCGCCGGGAUUCCGGUUGAUGUCGGCGCUGAACAGGACCAACUCCGACUCGGCCCUCCACACCAGCGCGCUGAGCGCCAAGCCGCAGGCCCCUUACGGCGGGACGGACCAGGCGGCCUGGCCUCCCGCCCAGUGCAUGGUGGGUUUGUGCGACGGCGAGAGCGAUGGCUACAGGGAAGCCGCUUCCUUCCCCGGCCCCCUGAGAGAGGACGGUCUGCUGAACGCUCCCAAGCCGUUGCCCAAGCAGCUGUGGGACGCCAAGAAGGUCCAGUCUCUGGCUGUUCGUCCGAGGUCCUGCGACAUGGGGGGCGUCAACUCCCUGCCCCCGGCCGGGGACCCACGACUACCUUCCUCCGGUGCCGGCCCCGGCCCGAGCUCAGGGCUCUCGCCCUUCCUGGGGAUCCCGAACACCGGCGGGUCCCUGCCUGACCUGACCAACCUGCACUUCUCGCCGCUGCCCGCAUCCCUGGAGCCCGGCGGGGUCGGGCUCGGGGGCAUCGGGGCGGGGCACAGCGUGGGCAACCUGCCAGCCGCCACGACUCACCUGGGGCUCCGGAGCUCUCCAGGUCUGCAGAGUUCCCGGAGUAACCCGUCCAUCCAGGCCACCCUGAGCAAGGCCGCCCUGUCGUCCUCCCUCAGCAGCUGCCCGCAGCCGGCCGCCCCCCAGGCCUCCGCCCUGCACCCCUCGCUCCGCCUGUUCUCCCUCAGCAACCCGUCCCUUCCCACUUCGGGCGGCAGCGGCCCCGCACGGCGGCGCCAGCCCCCCGUCAGCCCGCUCACCCUCUCCCCGGGCCCCGACUCGCACCGCGGAUUCACCAGGCAGUUCUCGGCCUCCGCCAGCCCUCUGCACCCGCUCCCCGGCCCCCAGGUUUUUCCCUCUGACAGAAGCCCCCUUUCCUUCCUCCCCCCAGAAGCCCACGCCCCACCCCCCCCUUAUCCUCUGGGCCAGGAGUUCUCCCCGCAUCCCCUGCAGCAGGCCCCACCCUCUUCCCCGCUGCCCCACUCGGACUUCGAGCUCCUCUCUCCCCCUGGCGCCUCACUCAGCAGCUUCUUCCCCGACGUGGGCUACGACCAGCAACAGGAGCAGCCCGGAAGAAUGGGGCCGGCGUUCUCGCAGCAGGGCGCCCUGAUGGAGCAGGGGGGGAGUUCCGGAGCGCCGCAGGACUCAUUCCAGCUGCGACCAAACUUCCUGUAUUCCAGCUGUGGGAAUUUCCCCCACACCAUCCUCCCAGAAGACGCAAGCACCAGCCUGUUCAAAGACCUCAGCUGUGCCCUGGCGGGGGUGCCCGCGUCCACCUUUGCCCCGGACAGUCCAUUUCCCCUGGACGAGGGGCUCCAGAUUGAGCCCCUGAGCUUGGACGGACUCAGCAUGCUAAGUGACCCCGACAUGGGGCUGCCCGACCCCUCGGUGGAAGAGACGUUCCGCUCCGACCGCCUGUGACCGGAGCUCUGGCCGGGGGCCGCGGCCGCCCGGACCCGGGGGGGUGGGGGUUCGCCCUCGCUUCGAGGAUGGAUAGAAUCUCGUCCCUGAGCCUCCGGAACAGUUGGCUGUGAAAGCAAGCGAGCGGCCCGGUGCCGCCCAGCGGCUCCCGCGGCCCCAUCGUCGGCCCCACCGAAGUCACCUGGGGAGCGCCGACGACCACUGACCGUGCAAACCGCCAGCGUGGGGGCUCGGGCCGGGGACGACAGCCCAGGGGGGCGGUGGGGGCUCCGCUCUGGUACCCGGAGCCCGAGACUUCUCCGCCCCAUCGGGCCCCGUCGGUGGAAUGCCGCUCUGGGCUCCGCCGAUGGGCCGCUCCUGUGGUACUGGAGCCCGGGGCUCCGCCGGUAGGAUGCCACUCCGGUGCCCGGAGCCCUGCUGGUUCCCACCGCGCCGGAGGCCCGGACCCUGCCGGUGGGACGUCGUCCUGUUCCCCAGAACUGGCGGGGGACGUGGAGGGGGCGGCGGGUGAGGGGCCCUGAGCCUAAGCUGAAGCAGGGCUUCCGGCCUGGCAGCCAGGGGCCCCCCAGUUCUCUUCUGGCCCCACCGAGCCGGGCACUAGGAGCAUCCUGGGUCCCUGGAGAGGAGGGGGUGGCAACUUUCCUUUCGGCUGGGUAGGGCUAG